GCACAGUCCUUAGGGUUUUGUUGGCGCUGGGUUCCGUAUGAUGCCGAAACCAUUUUAUUAUUUGCCUGGAAAUCUGAACCGCUAAACUCCAUUUCCUAUGGCAGCGAAGUCGAAAAAGCUUUUGAAAGUUAUAGAUGGAAUUCGUUCGUGGAAUAUUAGCUCAUGUCAGUCCAGUAAUUCAACGAAGUCUGCAAUUGACAUAGAAGAAUACCUAAAGAGUGAUCAUUUCCAAGUCGGAAAGAUAUCUUCACAUGGUUUUCCUUACCAACCGACAUGUAUCGCUUUCGACCCAGUGCAGCGAAUUAUUGCUGUUGGAACGAAGUCUGGGUGUAUCAGAAUUUUUGGAAGACCAGGAGUGGACUACAAUAUAUGUCACCCGUCAGCAUCUUCUGUUUUUCAGAUAUUUUUCCUUGUUAAUGAGGGUGGUCUGGUUUCCAUAUGUGGUGAUGACGUUGCUCAUUUAUGGAACAUAAGGCAGAAGAACCCGGAGAUAGUUCAUUCUUUGCAGUUUAAGCGUGAACAUUUGACAUGUGGACAUCUUCCUAUUGGCAGCAGUUGGCUUUAUCUAGGCACUGAUAAAGGGAACGUGAAUUUUGUCAGUGUUCAACGUUUCGCAACAUCUGGUUAUGUGAUCAAUUGGAACAAGGCUAUCGACUUAUCACAAUCAUCUCAUCCGGGAAAAGUUGUCCAGAUAGCCGAAAAUCCUCAAGAUUCGAAUAAGAUCCUUAUUGGUUAUUCAUCAGGAUUUCUUGUUCUAUGGGAUCUGAAAACAAAGCAGGCUGAUGCUCGUUUUAAGCACACGGAUAGUCUUUACAGUAUGGCUUGGCACUGGGAUGGGAAAAGUUUUCUUACAUCUCAUAAUCAUGGCCUAAUUGCAACUUGGUCGAUUCGCCAGCCCCAACGUCCAGUGUCUAUUAUUUGUCCCCAUGCCGCUGGUGAAGCUGUUCCAGAUGACUUAACAAAUUACGAACCAAUACGGUUGGUGGAAUGGUUGCCUACUAGAAAUGGAGAACCAUUCAUAAUCUUUUCUGGUGGUGGACGUUCUCCGGGAGCUCAAACAAUUGGGAAUAUAGGCCAGUCGUCAGUAACUACUACAAAUGUUACAUCUACGUCUUCAGUUAACUCAGAUCCAUCUGAAAUUGACCCAACUUUCUCAUCCCAGUACACAUCUUCAAGUUAUCAUACGUUAACAAUAAAAAGAGGCAAAAGACUAGUUGUUCUUCAGUUGGAUCAUAAACUUAUUCAGUUUACGCCUCUUUGUUUAUCUCCUUAUCCAAGUGAAACAAUGGAUCCUUAUGCAGUGGCUAUUCUGUUACAAGAAGAUCUUGUUAUCGUAGAUCUUUUAUCCAAUAACUAUGCAACUUUUGAAAACCCAUAUCCAAUGGAUUUACAUAGUUCUGCAGUCACUAGUUGCUUAUAUUUGGUAGAUUGUCCUGGUGAUUUAGUACCUGCUUUUUAUUCUGUCGGCAAUCGUCGACAUCGCACUCAAAGUGGUACAAGUGCUGAACCUGAUGUAUUCAGUAAUCGUGAAUGGCCUAUUACUGGUGGAGAAUGGGGUCUAAGCUAUCAACCAUAUCCUGAACUGAUCAUUACCGGACAUGCUGAUGGAUCUGUUCGAUUUUGGGAUGCAUCCGAAGUAACGCUUACACCGUUGUAUAAGUUUCGUACAUCGAAACUUUUCGGUAAUUCAUCAUUCAGUGCAAAUAAUACAUGUGAAACAGGCAGCACUUCGCCUUCGGAUACAAAGGAUAUAAAUGCUCAAUUCUCACCAAUUUUAUUAGCAACAGAAUCUGAUCCCUUUGCUAUACGAUAUAUGCAUUUCUGUCCAGAGUCUAGAAAGUUACUAACCGCUAGCAGUACGCAUACCUGCUUAUUGUACUUUAGUCGUCGAGAGAUAAAUCUGGAAACUUCGGUCAUGGAUAUCAAUAUGGCCUACGAUGGGUUAGAUGAUCUAGGUUUCACUUAUUCAGGAGGUAGUGGUGAUGCGUUUUCUGAUGAUCAUCAUUAUUCCACUGCUGAUAGUUUCACUGGCAACACAACUAAAGACAAUGCUCAGCAGUCACUACCUCAUGUAUCCAGUGGAAGCGUCAGCUCUUAUCAGUCUUUGUCUCCUACAGAAAAGGAUUUACGUGUGUUCGUUCCAAUACGUCAAGGAAAUAUUUACUGGCCACCUGGUUAUCAGCCAAUGCUUGUAUGUCGUGUAGGCAUACCUGGGUUAAGCUUUGAAUCAAAUACUAAAACAACUACUGAUCCUGCGGCUUCAUGUCUUAUCCCACCUCCGUCCAUUACAGCUAUAAGUAUGAAUUCAGCAUUUGGCUUAAUGGCUAUUGGAAGUGAAUUCGGUAUUGCUGUUAUUGACUAUGUCCAUAGGCUCUGCUUAGUGUCUGUUUCUUCGUCUGAUAUAUUGAGUCGAGGCCCUGUUAAUCCGUUUGCAUCGACUGGUGCAAAUGAGGUGAAAUUCAGUGAUCAGAAUAACUGUUCAGGUGGUUCAACUUCACUAGCUAACACGAAUAGUCCGAAUACUCAGUCCACCUUGAAAACCACCCAUUCAAUCUCAGAUGCUGUCCAAUCCAGUGAAUCAUCUGUUAGCACUUAUGCAACGCGACAUGUGCUGACAAGAGCUACAGCUGUCAAGGGUGAACUGAAGCGUGCAAAGUCUCAAGUGGUGCUGGCCUGUCGAACAAACCAACCACCUCGUCAACAAGGACAAACGUCUUAUGCGCAAAAUCCUUCCUCAGAAAAAUGCUCUGAUCUUGCGCAGUUUUCUCAUCCAGGUAGUUUAAGCACCAGCACUAAUUCGUUGGACAAUUUAAAUUGUGAAGCAAUUAAAACAAUUCUGUUUACUGAAUGGUCGUCUUCUAAACAAGACCAGUAUAAUGGGCCGAAUAUAUGGAUCGGCACCUCUCGUGGAUGUGUUGUUGUUUUAAAUCUGAAGUAUCGAGUUCUGAAUAAUACUCCUAUAAGUCAAUCCUACAAUGUUGCUUCCUUAUAUCGUUUACGUGGUGACAUAAUUCACAUUGCAAUGUUAGAUAUUACCGGUGAUAUUAUACCAAAUCCUUCAGAACGUUGGGAUGACUCACCUUUUAUCAAAGGCGGGACAACUUCUGAGCUUUCGAAACAAGCAUCUGUUUUAUCAUGCUCAUCUGUAUGUUCUGGAGGUGCUUCUUCAGUUCAUGGUGGUGUCGACGCUUAUGGGUCAAGUGAUGCAGGUUUAAAGUCAGGUGGUGGCGGCGGUGGGGGAGGAGGAAGUAGUAGUACUCGAGCAAUGAAAGAGUCGAUUUCUCGUCAAAAUACUGUUACCACACAAAUAUCAUCUGCAUCAUCUUCUGGUCAUUCCGGUACUAUAGCGGCCAGUAUUGCAGGUGGUGGUACAUUGCAGUCAGGUGCUACUACUGGACUUGACUCUCCAACAGGAUCUAAAGGCUUCGUUGAUUCUGAUCGACAGCUUGUUGUACUGUGUUCGGAAAAACAGGCUCGUGUAGUUGCACUUCCCUCUCAAACGUGUCUAUAUAAGGUCAAAAUAACCGAAACAAGUCAAGUGGUACGUGCUUCUGUACAACGUUUUCGAUCGUCUCAUAAUAGUGGCGCAUCGGGAACAUCUAGUUUUCUUGCCUGUUAUCUGGCAAAUGGACAUUUUAUUGCCUUCUCUUUACCAAGUUUACGUUUGUUAAUGGAUAUGGAUUAUUUGCCUUAUACAGAAUGUGUAACUCGAUCAUUUGCCUUUGGUCAGUAUGCACAAGCUGUGUAUUUGGCUUCACCAUCGGAAUUAACUAAAAUCACGUGGUCAUCAGAUGUUUGUGCUAAUUUACGUGAUAUGCAAGGUGAGAUUUUCUUACCAAGUAAUAUGCCAGAACCUCCUAAGAAGAAUUUUUUCAAAAAUUUGCUGAGUGGAAAUUUGACGUCUUCAUUAGAUCGAGAUGAGUUGUAAUCUUUUAUGUCGUACAACUCCUGCAGUUAAGUUUCUUUAAUUUGGUGUAAGUUUAAACUGCACACAUUCAGUCUUUUUUAUUUGACAUCCGCUGAUUGGUCUGAUUAGAAUAAUUAGCUAAAACUGUCUCAUUUUCUUUCUUGUUGUUUCCUACUUUUUGAAGACUAUGAUACUAGUUUACAGGUUUUUUUCCUACCACACCACUCACUGCCUUAAUCUCAGUGAAUUAGACAUUGAUUCGACUUUUCCGAUUCACCAUUAUAUUUGUCUGUUAUUAAAAAUGAUUCUGAUGAUAACUUAUAAACUAUACUGAAUUAUAUGAUCUGAUUUAUAGAAGAUAAUUCUUCUCAAUAAUGAAUUGCUUUGCUGGUCGUGGCAAGUUACAUUGAUAUGAAGAUUUUGCCACUGAAGAUCAAAGUGAUGUGCAUGCAUAUUGUCAAUUAAUUUUACAUGACUAACUUUGAUAGACUACUGCUCCAUGAAAUGGAUAAAUUAAUCUCAAAAACGGAGAACUUUUGAAUUCCCCUUUCCAUGCCAAGGUUUCAAACGACCGAUAGAACUUUCAUAAGGCUUAAAUAGCUUGUAGGUAGGUGGUCAGUAGUAUUCAGUGGUAAUAUAUAUAUAUACCAUUUCCCCAACACAAUGAAUUCAGUUGCAUGAUUUCAAAUUGAAAACGCUUGACUGGUUAAAAUCGUCUUGCGUAUUAGGAAAUCAUAUCAUCACAUACAAAUUCUUUAUUCCUCGUAUUCCUGUAAACUUGGUCACUUCACAGUCUCUAUAAAAGUAAGUCAAACAUAUACUCAAUACAAUCUAGGAAUUUCGUCCACUGAUACAGUUCAUUUAACUGUCUCUUUCUUUGAAUGUGCAUCGGUAGUAAUCCUCAAAGAUGAAAAAAAUUUUUAAAUUACAAUAGUUUAUAGGGGAAAAAUGUUGAAUGACGUAAUUGCUUUCAUCUGCAUGCAACCAGGCGAGAAAAAAGAGAGAUUCCUCAAAAAACAUACCGUUACUUCAUAAUUGUUUCCUACAUAUCUUGAUUCUACUCAUCAUGUUUCCUACAACUUUUCGUUGUAAUACAAUAUCAUGUUUCGUGUUCUUCAACAGUACAUACCACUUUUCUGCAAUAAAUUUCAAGUGUUUGUUUAGGGAUUGUAUGUUAAUACACGCUCUAAUGAGUGUAUCCUGUGGGUUUGAUACUUGUAAUAUAAUAAUAAUAAUAUAAUGAUCACUUUUUCUAAGCCAUAUUUUUGAUACAUUACAGAGUUUUCAGUAUUUUUAUACUGCCAUACAUUUAUUUUCUUUGAAAAAGUUUAAAAAAAAGCCUAAUAAUAUUACUAGCAUUAUUACUAUUAUUAAUUUUGAUGGAGUUAAUAAUACAGGAAUGAAAUUGCUGCUGUUUGUCUCCUGAUUAAAACGUUUGUUGUGUAAUUUUCGCUCUCUCUCUUACAUUUCUAUUUUCAUGUAAGAUGCGUGAUAAAUAACUGAUGACUGAAGUUUUAUAUUUAGGUGUGUGUGUGUGUUAGCAUGUAUUCUUACGGAAUUAAUUCUUGUUUCCCUGAAGAGACACAUGCACAAAGUUGAGAAUAAAAAUGAAUAUUCAGCAUCCCAUAUGAUUACUCUAGAUAACGGCUCCCGUUGCUUUAAAUGUUUUUUCAGCUUGUUGAAUGAUGGGUACACCACUGACUGACUCUGCUUUUAUACCUUUAUAAUCCUACAAAAUGUAACAUAGGCUCUUUCCAGUAGUCCACGAAAUAAUAAAUAGGAACGAUAAAGAAGAAUCGGUAACAUAUGGGAAUUUCAAAAUUGAAAAAGAAAGGACUGAACUAUGCCAAAGAUUCCUAUCUUUGUUACGAAAGAGUGUCUGAAACUCAAUAAUACAUGAGACAACCAACAAAGAUAAUAAAAAAAGUAGUGGUGAGAUAGCCAACGUUUGAUUUAUGCCAUACAAUAGUUCUAUCGGUAUUACUAGAUUCAUUCGACUGCAUUAAUCAAAUAGUGAUUGUCUAAGCCUUUAAUAUAAAUAAAACGUCUAACUUUGUGUAGGAUUUGAUUUAAAAGCGUUUGAAGAAGAUCACUGGUUAGUUUUAUUUAUCUAGGCGGAUAUUACUUUCAGAAACGUUCAGUCGGGAAACAGCUGGCACGGAGACUUUCAGACUGGUAGCAGAGGUGAUGAAGUCAGCUAUUGCAAAAUAAUAAUAUAAGGAACAGAACAGAAAUUGACAAAAUAAAGAACGUUUAGAUACACUGGCUGUAGUAAGCAAUGAAGUGGAAUGUCUUCAUUCUUUCAAAGAUGUGUCAUGGUAAGCUUAUUUUUCAGGAGAAACACAGGAACAGAGUCUAAAGAUGAAGUGCAUUGUAAGAGAACAUGGCUUGCAAACUUCGUGAAUGUUUGUCUGUACUGAAAGCAAUUUAAUGAUGCAAUACAAUAGGGUGUACCUAGUACUUCUGCUGAGUUUAUAAGCAGUAAUUUUUUCGAAAAUAAAUGUUAUUCAACUAAGUGGGAUGAGCAUAUUGCUGAGUGUGUUUAUUGUGUUAGUCAAGGUCACCAUGAUUUUACACUAUACAUAUUGUAUACGAAUUUCUAGUUUAAAAGUCACUAUCCAGAAAUUAUCUCCCUACUAUUAAUUAUAUAUGUUACUAGUCAUGCACUAAUACAUAAUAUUGUUAAAUACCAGCGUAUUAUUCAUUCUCAGUUAAACGACAAUGAGUAUGCUUGAGACUGAAAGUGUUUACUUUGUAUUGUGCUGUAUUAUUUCUAGAAAAGAGAAGCACCUAAACUACUUGAUAUUUGAAAAUAAAAUGAAUACAUUGAACGUAUCUUACUCUCAGUAUUAAGGUAGUUAUCAUAUUUGUACAUCGUGAGCAUUACCUACCUCAAAGGUUUGUUAUCUUGGUAGAUUCCAUAAUUCGUGGGUGGUGGAUAUAAAGUCUGUGAUAUUUUCUGGCAUCUUGUGAAUACUCUGUGGAUAUAUGCAAACUAACAAAGCAUCGUAACAUUAUGUUUAGUUGUACACAAGUAUGGAAUUUUCUAUUUAACCAAAAGUAUAAGUUACAUUACCAACAAUGCAUUUUCAGUGGACUGCAAUUUUACUGAAUAAGCUGCUAGUUUUCCUUCCUUUUACUGGUUGACAAAUUUUUUUAUUUAAAUGUUUUGCAAUAACAAGCACCAGGGUGAAUAGAUCUAGUUUAAAACUAACUUUUUCUCUAUUCACACUAAAUCAUUGUGUUGGGGUAGAUUUCAAUUUUUCUGAGUAGUGAGUCUCACAAACCAUAGUUUUAAUUUGCAUCUCGUCUAAUGGCAUACCGAAUUCGCCUUUGGUUACUUAUUUUUACUUCAGUUGGUGAAGCAAGUUCAGGGAAGGGGACACCUGGUGCUACUACUCUACUCCCAAACGCUCGUAUGGAAAAACUGUCUGGUCAAGCUGGUACUGCCACCUCCGAAAUCGCACGAGCUCGAAAUGCCGCUAUCGAACGAGGUGAACGACUGCAGCAAUUAGAUCUGCAAACUCAAGAGAUGGCUGAUCAAGCUAAAGGUUUUGGUCGUUCCGCUGCUAUCCUUGCUGCCAAAUAUGAGAAAAAGGAUAAACGUUGGGGUUUACCAUUCUAACGAAGUCACUACUGCAGUAAUUCGCUUUUGCUCAUUUCUUUUAACUGACUGCACUCAGGUAACUUUGCAGAAUUCGUAUUUUGGGGCCUACAAGAACACAUUUCGGGACUGUUUGACGUAUGUAGUACCACUUCCUUCAACUCCGCACACUUAACCUUAAAUGCAAAUAAUGAGCAGUGCUUUUUCUUAAAGGAAGAUAAGCCAGCAGUGUUAAUAUGCAUCCUUAAAUUUUCCUCAAUAUAUAUAUGCAUUAUUUAGCGCUUAAGCUUUAGGAACUUAAGUAUGAAAAUAUCAAUGACUGGUCAUCACUGUGAUCUGCUGUUUUCCGUAUUAAUACAGUUUUGAAAUGCUUGUUUUUGGCUCAUUUGUUCAAAGUUAUCAUCAAAUUCUUCUGUUUUAUCAAGAUGUUAACACUGAAAUUAUCAUUCUUAAUCGUAAACAGAAUUUUUGUUUAUGACAUCUACGAAACUCAUGUUAUCGCACACCAUCAUACUCAUCAGAAACUUCUUAUUAUAAUUUACUUUUAUUGAAAGAAAUGCAGAAAUUCCUUCUUUCAGCUGAUUUAUCUCAACAAAUCUGAGUGCUAUUUUUGUUGUUGGUCUAUUAACAAUGUAAUAAUUUCUUGUCUCACCCCCAUACACGAUAUAUAUAUAUAUAUCAACAAAUGCCCUAGUUUUUGUUAUCCUAUUAUUACAACAUAAAUUUACGAUUCAUUAUUUCAAGAGGAAUCACCUUUCUCAAAACUUUCAUAUCACAUUCCCAAACUGUUGAUCAUUGGCUCAUUUUGCGCAUUCAUUAUUUUUCAUUUCGUAUGUUCCUAACAUCAUUUUACUUAGAAAUAUAACAACAGAAUUAAUUUGUUUUUUUUUUCUUUAAAACAGCUUCGCGUGUACGUUAUAAAUUAUUCAGUAAUCUAAAAUGAAAUUCUGAUUAGUAAUCAAUAACUCAUAACUUGUCAUCCUGCUUGUACGACAUGUCACGAAAUUUGCCACAUUAUCUCGUAAUUAUUUGGUUGCGGGCAGAUAUAC